AUGAGGCUCCUCUUCCUCGCCCCGCUGUUCCUUGGCGCCCUUGGAGUGUGUUUGGCUGCCCCUAGGAAAGGCAGCGUUCGAUGGUGCACCACAUCACCACCCGAGGCAACCAAAUGCUCUCAGUUGCAGAGGAAUAUGAGAAGAGUGCGUGCCCCACCUUUAUCCUGUGUCAAGAAGAACUCCUACCUUCAGUGUAUCCAGGCCAUUGCUAAAAAUAAGGCAGAUGCUGUAACCCUCGAUGGUGGUUUGGUGUUUGAGGCCGGCCAGGACCCCUACAAACUGCGACCUGUAGUAGCAGAAGUCUAUGGGACGGAAACAAAACCGCGAACCUACUAUUAUGCCGUGGCCAUUGUGAAGAAGGGCACUGGCUUCCAGCUGAAUCAGUUACAAGGCCGGAGGUCCUGCCACACAGGCCUUGGCAGGACCGCGGGCUGGAACGUCCCCAUAGGGAUACUUCGUCCAUUCUUAAACUGGGUGGGGCCCCCUGAGCCCCUGGAGGCAGCGGUGGCCAGGUUUUUCUCAGGCAGCUGUGUUCCUGGUGUGGACGGAGUACGGUUUCCCAACUUGUGUAGCCUGUGUGUGGGAACAGGGGAAAAUAAAUGUGCUGCCUCCUCCCAGGAACCGUACUUUGGCUACUCGGGUGCCUUCAAGUGUCUGAGAGAUGGAGCCGGAGAUGUGGCUUUUGCCAAAGAGAGUACGGUGUUUGAGGACUUGCCAGACGAGGCAGAAAGGGACAACUAUGAGCUGCUCUGUCCAGACAACACCCGGAAGCCAGUGGACCAGUACAAGGAGUGCCACCUGGCCCGAGUUCCUUCUCAUGCUGUUGUGGCCCGAAGCGUGGACGGCAAGGAGGACCUCAUCUGGGAGUUCCUCCACCAGGCCCAGGAAAAUUUUGGAAAAAACAAAUCUCCAAGAUUCCAACUCUUUGGCUCCCCCAAAGGGCAGAAGGAUCUACUGUUCAAGGACACUGCCCUGGGGUUCUUGAGGGUCCCCCCGAAAAUAGAUGCUGGGCUGUACCUGGGCUACGGUUACUUCACGGCCAUAAAGAACCUGAGGGAAAGGGAGGCAGAUACGGCAGCCCGGCAGCGGCAGGUAGUGUGGUGUGCGGUGGGCACGGAUGAGCAGCGCAAGUGCACCACGUGGAGUGGUGUGAGUGGCAGCACAGUGACCUGCGCCUCGGCUCCCACCACAGAGGACUGCAUCUCCCUGAUCUUGAAGGGAGAAGCUGAUGCCAUGAGUCUGGACGGAGGAUUUAUCUACAUUGCUGGCAAGUGUGGUUUGUUGCCUGUCCUGGCAGAGAACCAUCGUAAGUGGAAAUCCUCAGAAAUCAAGGACUCUGAUUGUAUGAACAGACAACCAGAAGGGUAUCUCGCCGUGGCGGCGGUCAGGAAAUCGGACACUGACAUCACCUGGAACUCUCUGAAAGGCAGGAAGUCCUGCCACACCGCGGUGGGCAGGACCGCAGGCUGGAACAUUCCCAUGGGGCUGCUCUUCAACCAGACAGGCUCCUGUAAAUUUGGUGAAUUCUUCAGUCAAAGCUGUGCCCCUGGGUCUGACCCAGCAUCCAAUCUGUGUGCUCUGUGUAUUGGUGAUGAGAAGGGUGAGCAUAAGUGUAAGCCAAACAAUAACGAGAGAUACUAUGGCUACACUGGGGCUUUCAGGUGCCUGGCUGAGAAAGCGGGAGACGUUGCAUUUUUGAAAGAUGUCACUGUCUUGCAGAACACUGAUGGAAAGAACCCGGAGGCAUGGGCUAAGGACCUGAAGCUGGAUGACUUUGAGCUCCUGUGCCUUGAUGGCACCCGGAAGCCUGUGACUGAGGCUCGGAGUUGCCAUCUGGCGGUGGCCCCAAAUCAUGCCGUGGUAUCUAGGAAAGAUAAGGCAGCACACCUUGUAGAGGUGCUGCGGGAUCAACAGGUUAAGUUUGGAAGAAAAGGCAGUAAGUGCCCAGGAGAAUUCUGCCUGUUCAAGUCUGAUACCAAAAACCUUCUGUUCAAUGACAACACUGAGUGUCUGGCUAAACUUCCUGACAGAACAACAAGUGAGAAGUAUCUGGGACAGCAGUACAUCACAGCCGUUGCUAAUCUGCAGCAAUGCUCAACCUCUGAGCUCCUGGAUGCCUGUGCUUUCCUCAGGAAGUAA